UGUUGUUAUAAUUCUAUUGUUUCAACCAGUGUUUCAGUUUUGUGGAACACAUAUUUUGUUAUCUAAAAUGUCAUAAAAAUAAAUUUACUAAGUGUAUGUUUCAUGUAUUUGAACUCCAAACAACUUUAUUUGGAGUUGCACAUAUAAUUUGUUUCUGAAACGACGAUGUUUUUGUGAUAAUAACUCUUUAUACACAAUGGAAACUAGUUAUAAUAUUAAAAGUCCAGCUGUAAAGAGGCUGAUGCGUGAGGCAAAGGAGUUGUCAUCAGCAACAGAAGAAUAUUAUGCUUUUCCCUUGGAAGAAAAUUUAUUUGAGUGGCAUUUUACAAUUAGGGGGCAGCCAGGGACCGAAUUUGAUGGUGGUCUUUAUCAUGGUCGAAUACUUUUGCCCUCGACAUAUCCUAUGCAACCACCAUAUAUUAUAUUUUUGACACCAAAUGGAAGAUUUGAAGUAAACAAAAAAAUAUGCCUGUCUAUUUCGGGCCAUCAUCCGGAAACAUGGCAACCAUCUUGGUCGAUCAGGACUGCUUUGUUGGCUUUAAUAGCUUUUAUGCCUACUUCUGGAAAAGGAACUAUAGGUUCAUUAGACUAUACUGAAGAUGAAAGAAAAUUGCUUGCUGAAAAGUCUUCAGACUGGAUUUGUUCCGAAUGCGGCAUUUCUAAUGCUCAGUUUGGUACUGACAUGAAUAGUACCAAUAAAACCGACCUCACUGAGCCUGAGGAUACCUCCAUGAUGGUCAAUGCUAUCCAAGAACCAAUACUAGUCCCCGACCAAAAUGAAUUUGCUGAACAUAAUAAUAAUUUAUUAUCACAAUUUCACUUAAUAAUAAUUGCUAUUAUUAUAUUGAUUGGUGCAUUACUUUAUCGCAGAUUAUCUAAAUUAAUAGAGUUCCAGUAAAUUUUAUCAUUUUGUUUUCAAAUAAUUUAUUGAUGUUGCCC